AUGUCUGUUUGUCGCACUUGUUUAUCUAUAAACGAUCUACAGCCAAUAUUUCGUGAAAUGGAUCGUGUUAUAACACGCACAAAACAGCUUUAUGCAGUGACAGGCAUUGAGAUAUUACCAAAUGAUGGUCUACCCCAGGUAUUAUGUACACAAUGUAUUAAAUUAAUAGAAGACGCAUUACAACUGAGACAACAGAGCUCCAAGGCACAUGAUAUCCUUAAAAGUAGAAAAAAAUGUAAUACUGUUCAAAAAGAUAUUAAAAUAUCAUCGCAACAAGGUAUUAUUGCUAACCCUGAUAGUUAUAAGCUUAAUGAUAUUCAACAACUAUCAAAAAGAAAGGAAUUAGAAAUUAAAUCUGAAAUUAUUACUAAAAAGAGGGUAGACAGGAAAAGUAUCCGAAUUGAAGAUUUUGAAUCGAGUGAUGAUAGUGGAAGUGUGGGUAAUAUAAUUCUAGAAGAUUUGGAAUCUGGUGAUGAAGAAGUGAAAGUGUGUAUAGAAGAUUUCGAAUCUAGUGAUAGCUUUGGUGCAGAAGAUCUUGCUACUGCGGUAGGAGAGGUGAAAGAAGAUUCUAAUAACUGCUAUGCGUACAACCAAGCAAUAAAAGAGAAGCAGUUAUUGGAUAGAGAAAGAAGAAAAGUUGAGACAAGGGAGUUGGAGCAGAAGUUACUGGCUCUAGCUGUGACUCCAUACGACCCUGGAGGUCCUAUCCGCUGUUCUCUAUGCAGCACAGUAGUCAGGAGUGUUCAGAAUUUCAAGAACCAUGCCCGAACACAUUAUGGUCUUCAGAAUGCUUGUGAGGAGUGUGGGAAGAAGUUCAUGACCCUCAGCCAUGUGAGGUACCACCAGCAGCGUGUUCACGGCAGAACUAAACGUCUGGCCUGCACCCAGUGUACCUACAGGGCGGUGGACCCUCAACAGCUGCAGAACCAUGAGAGAGCGAGCCACACGGGCGAGAGGCCCUUCACCUGCGACGUGUGCGGGGACUCCUUCCGGAUGAGACGCAACAUCGUCCAGCAUAUGAGGAAACACUUUGGUGUUAGAAACUUACAGUGCGAGCGGUGCCCGGCCAUGUUCCGGAGCCGCUCGGAGCUGUGUGGUCAUCAGAGUAAAGUUCACUAUCAUGUAUACACGUACUUCUGCUACCUGUGUGACGAAACAUAUAAACGUCCGGCUUCGGUGAAGAAGCAUUUACUUAACGCACACGGAGUACCACGGAGUCAACAACUAAACAUCAAAUGUGAGAAGACUAAACGGAGAAGCUGUGACAAGAGUGAUUAA